AUGGCAAACAAAGUCAAAAUUCAUGGCCUCUGGGGACUUGUAGCAAAGUGGUUCAUAAAAUCCCAACCACCACCACCACCACCACCACCACAGCCCAAGCUGCCCAUUCUCCCCAACGACAUCAUCUAUGACAUUCUCUUGCUACUACCCGCCAAGUCUCUAGCUCGAUCCAGAUGUGUUUGCAGAGAAUGGAACAACUUGCUGACAGGUUUGGACUUCCUCAAGAGGCACUUGGACCAUUGUCACCAUCGACUCGUUCUGUCAUCCGUGUCAUCCUCCUAUUACCAUAUGUCUAUGGACUUGGAAGCACCGGGCAGUUUUGUUCUCACCGAACUCGACUUCCCAUGGAAGAAACGUCUUCAGAUGAUCAUGGGCUCUUGCAAUGGCUUAUUGUGUAUUCUUGUCGGUAAUAACCUCUUUCUAUGGAACCCUUCUACGAGAAAAUAUAAGCAACUACCACCACCUUCAAGUUGCUUAAAAGAUUAUCAAUUGUUUUACGGGUUCGGGUAUGACGAGUCCGUUGAUGGAUACUAUAACUAUAAGGUGGUUAUAGGUGAAAGCUACAACAUUAUUGAACAUGGCAUCAGAAGAUCCAAAUUAGUCGAGGUUUAUAUUCGAAAGACAAAUUCCUGGAGAAGAAUUCAAGACUUCCCUUACAACAAUGUUUUCAGAGAAAGAGGGAUCUUUGUAAAUGGAUUUUUGCACUGGUUUGCCAUGAGCGAUAAGGACUUAUGUCCUACCAUUGCCUCUCUUGACCUAGCAAAGGAGGAAUUCGGGGAGGUUAUGCUACCGGAUUUUCUACGACGGUUCUUAUUAGUUGACUUGGCGGUUUUGAAUGGAAUGCUUUGUGUGAUGCGUAACAACAAUGGGGUAUGGGAUGUGCAUGCGAUGAAAGAAUAUGGUGUGCCAGAAUCUUGGUUUGUAUUGGUCACCAUUCCUUCUGUUGUGUGGACAAUAGCCAUGCCUUUUGUGUGGACAUCUAUAAGGAUGCCCUUAUAUUUGAUGAAGAAUGGUGAACUUGUGAUGCAAAUAUCAGAGAACAAAAUGCUGAUUUGUGAUCCAAGAUAUGGGACAACUAGGAACCACAUACACACCAAUUUUGCGAUUCAUGAUUCGGAUUCGGUUACUUAUGUUGAGAGUCUUGAAUCACCAUAA